AGACGUCACGGAACUGCUGUGCGGCGCUUGCGCUCCACUCGGCCUUCUUAAAGGACUACCCUUUCCCGUCCUGGGCUGAACGAGGCAGGCUCGUGGACCAGUGACAUCCAGAAAUUAAGAGUUUUUUGAGACCCGGGAGGUCGCGGACCGGUGCUCCGCGGCUGUCAUCAUGCCACAAAAUGAAUAUAUUGAAUUGCACCGCAAACGAUACGGAUAUCGUUUGGACUACCAUGAGAAAAAGAGAAAGAAAGAAGGUCGGGAGGCCCAUGAACGUUCAAAGAAGGCAAAAAAAAUGAUUGGCCUGAAGGCUAAGCUCUACCAUAAACAGCGCCAUGCCGAGAAAAUACAAAUGAAAAAGACUAUUAAGAUGCAUGAGAAGAGAAACACCAAGCAGAAGGAUGAUGAGAAGACGCCGCAGGGAGCAGUCCCUGCCUAUCUGCUGGACAGAGAGGGCCAGUCGAGAGCAAAAGUCCUUUCUAACAUGAUUAAGCAGAAACGGAAAGAAAAGGCGGGAAAAUGGGAGGUCCCUCUACCCAAAGUUCGUGCCCAAGGAGAAACAGAAGUAUUGAAAGUUAUUCGGACAGGAAAAAGGAAAAAGAAGGCAUGGAAGAGAAUGGUUACUAAAGUCUGUUUUGUUGGCGAUGGCUUUACAAGAAAACCACCGAAAUAUGAAAGGUUCAUUAGGCCCAUGGGUCUACGUUUCAAAAAAGCCCAUGUCACACACCCUGAGCUGAAAGCUACCUUUUGCCUGCCUAUUCUCGGUGUGAAAAAGAAUCCAUCGUCCCCAUUAUAUACAACCCUGGGUGUGAUCACCAAAGGUACAGUUAUUGAAGUGAAUGUGAGCGAGCUGGGCCUUGUGACACAAGGAGGCAAGGUGAUUUGGGGAAAGUACGCCCAAGUUACCAACAAUCCUGAGAACGAUGGGUGCAUAAAUGCGGUCUUGCUGGUCUGACAGUGACGUCACUCAUACACGUCAUUCCACUCACUGCUGAAGACCACACCCUGUCAGGAAAACACCGUCCCUGGGGUCUUUCUGAACCACCGAGCAGCCUUACCUCAUGUGCAGUCAUCAAGCAUUUACUAAGUUGUAAAGGAAAAUAAAACUGCCCAGUUUGACAGUUGGUCUUUAGUUUGGGGCAUAACGGUUUACAUGUUAAUAAAAUUUAGUGACUGAGUAGCCAAGGACACAGAAGCAUACUAAAAACUAUGUAUGCAGCAAUACAAGUCUGUCACAAUUGAAAAGCCAUCAGAAUAGUUGAAAGUUCCUGUAAAGGUCAAGUAUUUUCCAUUGUGUUGCCAUUAAUCCUAAAAUGUGGAACAUUUUAAACACAUGGUAGUGUUUAAAUUCAUAAACAAGUAGAUUAAAAGUCAUAGAGAAGGUAAAUUAGAUGAAAAGAGUGCACAAUUCAGUGCUUUCACUCAUAACUAAUACCUUAUAUAGUACUGCAGUGACCUCCAGUGUACUUCCUCCAUUUCCUAUAUUCUAAAAAUAGGGAGCUCGCUCACUACUGCUACAACAAUGUGAACAAUUGGGUUAGAUAAUUCUCCACCAUGUACCAGUGACUUGAGAUGUGGCAAUUAAUUAGAUUGAAAGGUCAUGAUUUGGGGUUAUAACUUAAAUCCACGUUCUUAAGAGUGUCUGUAUAUUAAUCUGUAAUCACCAUAUUGCUUUAAAUUGUUUAUUUUUUAAAUCUACUUUCAUAAUACAGGCAGUGUGAUUAGCUGUGCCUUUAACAGAAUCAUUCAAUGUCUAAUAUCUAAGCACAUCUUCAUGAAUGCAACUCAGAGGAAAGGAAAUUUAAAACACAAGACUAGAAAACAAUCACAAAACACAAGUUUAAUUACUAUUUUAAACAUUAAGGGGGAAAAAAAAACCCUAGCAAAGAAACAAACCAUAAGUUCUCCAUAAGACUUGGUAUUCUGAAUAUUUUUUUUAAAGUUUUUAGAACAUACAAAGAUAUUAAAGGAAAAGGCGGGCCUAGUUCCUUGGAAAGGACUGACCAGGAAAGGCAGAGUGACUUCACUUUCUUAUAAUUAGAUUUUAACAUUGUCUACCAAUCAGAACGGGCAAUGUGUAUUUAUCUGCCUGAGUUACGGUGAAAGGAAGCCUGACUCCAGGUGAUCAGUGGCUAUUGCUGAAGUACAUUUGCUUAUUUUUUUUUUUAGGAUUGAAACUAGCAAACUGUCGUAUACUAAAAAGUCAUGGGAGGAAGUAUUAAAACAAGCAUGACUUCUGUAACAGACCACGCCCAGAACCACCAGAUUGCAAAUGGACAUCAAAGCAAAAGCUGCUCUCUUCAAAUAGUUACAUGAGUAGUAUUAGUACAAAUUCCUUAUUUACAUCAAAAUCUGUUUCAGUUUGCUGGUGUGACCACAGCUUAGGUAAUUCCAAAGGAGAAGCAACUUCAGAGAUGUUUAGUUGGUAGAAGGGCUUAAAGGUCUACUAAAGUCACAAACCACUAGGUAACACUACACUGGUCACCUGUUCAAAGUAGACCAUUAGUGACUAGAAGUCCUCCUUAGCCUCUGCAAAUCAACGGUAAAAGGAAAGUAGACACAAAGUGGAAGAAUGUGAACACACAGAGAAGACUGACAUUCUAAGUCAUGCCAUUUGAUUUUAUUUUAAAAAAUCAUAAUAGAAUCUCUUUAAAAGUUUUAAAGGAGCUUUACAAUAAAAUUCUUAAAU